AUGAGAGCAUUCUUACACAGCACGUUGUCUCAGGCUUAUGUUGUGACCCCUUUAAUGAGUGUACUAUGUGAUUGGCAUGCAGGGGAUGGUUAUAAAUGUAAAUCUGCCAGAUGGCUGGGAAUAGGGUGGGGUGGGUUGGGAUUAGCAGAGAAGAUCUCCUGGGUGAAUCUUCGUUCCUCAUGUCCCACAGACAGCAAGCUUCCUCCUUAUCUGACAGUCCUGGGCUGUGUGUGCAGGGAGGAGACCAAGUUCUCCCUCCCCCUGGGCAGGGAUUGGAGUGCAGACUGUCAUGCUGCAGUCGGUGGAGGAGGAUUAUAUAGUGCACAGAUAGAGGUAUUGGCAGCGGAUUGGGUCUGCCAAUCUGGAGCUGCGGUGAAUGGCUCAGAUCUACUGAUUCUCCUCGAACAAGCAGCUCAGCACACCCAGCCAGCACAGCACUCGCAGCCAGCCAGCCCAUCACACGCAGCCAUCCCGCUCCGAGACAUGGGGGAGAUCCCUAGCUUAGUGAAGAUCGCGGUGUCCCUUAAGAUCCAGCCCAAUGACGGUCCGGUCUAUUUUAAGGUGGACGGGCAGAGGUUCGGCCAGAACCGAACAAUCAAACUGCUAACAGGGGCGAAAUACAAAAUCGAGCUGGUCCUCAAACCGGGGGCAGUCAGAGCCAAGUAAGUAAAGCGGAUUUAUGGAUUGCACGGUGUGUACCGGUACCAUUCACCUUCAUUAUUCCAUUAUUUCUAUUAAUCACAGCUAUCUCAACAUACACCUGCUGGGGCUGUGGGAGACACCUCCCCCCUCCCCAAAUCUGCAAGAGAUGGGGAAAUUAUAUACAUAAAUAUAUAAAAUUUAAUACACAGAGCCAGUGAUUUGAUUUUAGAUUCUUUUGUUCUUAGAUUAGGCACAGAAUGCUUAAUCUAUAUAUUUAUAUGAAUCUAUAUAUUUAUUUUCAAUGCAAUGAUGGUAAUGAUUUAUAAUCCAGGUACCUCCUUCACAGUGCCUGUUAUCCAUCGCCUGGCUCCAUCCCUGACAUACAGAUUAUAUGGUCCAGGUUGGGCCCCAUCACUGCCAUAUUAUAUUAAGGGCCACCCGUGGCUUGCAUUAUAUUAAAGGUCCCUGCCAUGCAAUAUAUAAAGAGCCAUGCAAUCUAUUAAGGGCCGUGCAAUAUUACAGGACCCUGCCAUGCAAUAUAUAAAGAGCCAUACAAUAUAUUAAGGGUCAUGCAAUAUAUUACAGGACCCUCCCAUGCAUUAUAUAAAGAGCCAUGCAUUAUAUUACAGGACCCUGCCAUGCAAUAUAUAAAGAGCCAUACAAUAUAUUAAGGGUCAUGCAAUAUAUUACAGGACCCUCCUAUGCAUUAUAUAAAGAGCCAUGCAUUAUAUUAAAGCUUCCUGCUAUGCAAUAUAUUACAGGACCCUGCUAUGCAUUAUAUAAAGAGCAAUGCAUUAUAUUAAAGCUCCCUGCUAUGCAUUAUAUAAAGAGCCGUGUAUUUUAUACAAGCUCCCUGCCAUGCAAUAUAUUACAGGACCCUGCUAUGCAUUCUAUUAAGGGCCAUGCAAUAUAUUACAGGACCCUGGUAUGCAUUAUAUUAAGGGCCAUGCAAUAUAUUACAGGACCCUGCUAUGCAUUCUAUUAAGGGCCAUGCAAUAUAUUACAGGACCCUGCUAUGCAUUAUAUUAAGGGCCAUGCAAUAUAUUACAGGACCCUGCUAUGCAUUAUAUUAAAAUACCAUACAUUAUUUCAAGGAGCACAAGGCCCUAAACAGAUGACAGGCAGCUGAUGUGCUUUUUGGCAGUACACAGCCAUUGGGCAGAAGGCUCUGCAGGGAUGAUGAAACCGCAUAAUCCAACCUUUAAACGUAUUGGAUUUGAGACUAAAUUUCAAUGUCUAAUGAAGGUUACAUUUUAACUGCAUUGAUACAAUAAGGAUGGAUUUCUUAGUCUGGGGGUCAUUUAUAUAUGGACAGGGUUCAUUAUGUGCAGUAUGAAUGUAGCAUAGUGUAGCUAAAUAAUGUUAUUUUGUAAAAUGCUGGUGUUACCAAACCAACAGGAUCAGAUUCCCACCAGUCAAAGUAUGUUGUGGUUUUUGUUUUGUUUUUUUUUUGGGUGGUGGUGACUUGUUAAGUAAAAGGUGACAUUAUAUAUAUAUAUAUAUAUAUAUAUAUAUAUAUAUAUAUAUAUAUAUAUAUAUAUAUAUAUAUAUAUAUAUAUAUAUAUAUAUAUAUAUAUAAUUUCACCAUUUUCUAGAUACAAGGUGACAGGGCAUUGCUUGUUUAACAGCUUUAUAUGUUCACAAUCUUUAUUAUUAACAUUAAAGAAAUACUUUUGUUUCAAUUUGAAUAAUUUAUAUUUUCAAAAAAUAUUAUAAAUAUUCCAAAUAUGAGUUUAAGUAAUUGCUUACCUGCUCCCACAUCUCUGUUUAUAUCAAUGAAUGGACCUGGUCAGUCAUGUAAUCCCAUUUAUGUAUUUCCUCACAAAACACUUCCCUGGCUGAAGGGUCCUAAAAUAACUUUAGACUAUUGACCUAACAAGGAGCUCAAUUUUCUUGAACAAUCUAUAUGGCAUGUAGCACCACUAGGAUUUAGUGAGCAGUUGGUUAUAAAAUCCAGUGCAGCUCCUUUAUUCCACUGUAGCCCCCACCAUUGAUUUCCUAUUUCAGAUUCCCUCUCUUAGCUUAGUUUUUUUUUUUUCUGGCAGCUUUUUCUGGUCACACUAGCUUUUAUAAGGGAGCCUUUUGCAGGGUUUUUGUAUAGUUGGCUUUGCUUGCCCGCUAUGAAACCAGUAAAACAUUCUAUAAAUGGUACCCUGGGCUUACAAACCUUAAGAUGUUAAGGAUGGAGUAGGCUCCUCCCACAAAGUGGUCUCAAUACUACUUUCUUGAUGGUGUGACCCCCCCCCCCCAAGACAGAUCUUACCACUAGAGUGGUAUAACUGGCAGAUAGAACUCCCCUCUUGUAACCGCAUCCUCCAAGACACCAAGCUACAUUGUUAGACUAAUGUCUUACCAAGCUUGUACCAUUUUGCAUCAUUGUUACCAUGGAGUUCACUGACUUGGUAUGACCAUGGAGUUCAUUGACUUGGUAAUAGAACUCCUGGUCUACUGAAGUUCCAAACGAGGCUAUCUUGGGACAAAAUUGGAAAACGGAAAACGAAAGCUGUCACAAAUAUUUGCGAUAAUAUUCCAAAAUGCUUAUUUGAGUAGAAAAAUAAAAUAUAUGUUUAUUCUUUAUGAUUGACAAGAGUACCAAAAAUUCAUGUCUAGGAUCAAACUAAUAUAGGUCUGUCAUCAAUAUAAGGAAAAAAGAAUGAUCUUAUUUUACAUAUAAAUAACUCCUUUAGCAUCACCCAUCAUUUUUCUACCACCAUUUGAAUGCAGUGAGAUAACAGCGAAUAUAAAGUACCAUAUGUCACCUCAAUGCAAUAUACUAUUUAUUUUGGGGGCGGGGGAGGCUUCUCGCUCAAUUACAAUUUUUUAACACAUGAAACAGUUUUAUUUUUAAUUGUCAUUCGUUCAUUUUCUUCCGGGGUUGUUAAUUGAAUGAAUGGCUACAUUUAAUUUAUCUUGUUACAUAGCUGAAAAGAGACAUGUGUCAAUCAAGUUCAGCCAUCCUUAAAUUUGUAUUUUGCUGUUGAAAGCAAAACUAGUCUGAAGUGCUUCCAAUAUUGCAACAAACUAGGAAUCCUUCUUGAUCACAGAAUGGCAGUCAGAUUAAUCCUUGGAUCAAGAAGCUAUUACCCUACAUUGAAAAAUUAUAUCCUUGAAUAUUCUGUUUUCGCAAGUAUGCAUCUAGUUGCUGUUUGAACAUCUGCACAGACUCUGAUAAAACCACUUCUUCAGGCAGAAAAUUCCACAUCCUUAUUGUUCUUACAGUAAAAAAAAACCCUUUCCUUUGCUUUAGACUAAAUCUUCCUUCUUCCUGUCUAAACGCAUGACCUCAUGUCCUAUGUAAAGUCCUGUUUGUGAAUAGAUUUCUACACAAUGGUUUGUAUUGGCACCAGUUGUAUUUGUUUCAUUUCCUAAAUCUCAGUAUUUUAAAUAAAUGUGUACUUUUAAUUGAAGCUUUUUUUUUUUCCUAACCUAAAUAUAUUUAUAUAUUAAUUACAGCAUGAUAAAGUUAGAAUUCUGGUAAAUUGACUUGGGAACUGCUAAUUCUAUAAAAGUAGCCAAAUUGCAGUUCAAUUUAGAAUUCUUUAGUAGGUGCAACUUGGCUGAACUCGGCUCUGUUUGCCAAAUCUCUAUCCUCCUAGUCUUAUUACCAUUUGAAUGUAUAUUGGAUUAAUAAGAAUAUGUGCUGUACUUGGGGAAAAAUUGUAGUGGCCAAACCUUUCUUGCUGAGAACUGUGUUCAGCUGAAUUUUUUUUUUAAUUAUUUUUUUUAAAUAAAAUAAAUACUAAUCUGACAUGUCCUUCAAAAUACACAAGACAGGUGCCAGUUUUCAUUACAUUUUCACUCCCUGAUACUAGAAUUGGCCACAUUCCCUGUUCACAAAGAAUUGGCAAUGAGACCUUGGGUUAAAGGGACACUUUAGGCAAUACAGCCUUUUCUUUAAUUUUUUUUUUUUUUUUUUUUUAGGUUCUUACAGUUGUCUUUACGGAUACAUAAUGUCAUGGGGAUUCAUCCAUUAAGUUGUGCAUACCUUUUUUUUCAUUCUAUUAUUAUCAUAUAUAUUGUCUUAAUCUGACCAUAGAUAUUGAACAAUUAUGAUUAUUGUUUUAAGUCAUUCUCUUACCCCAAAUCUAAUCGGAAUUAAAGGAACACUAUAUGAUCAGGAACACAAACAUAUAUUCCUGACCCUAUAGUAUUAAAAUCACACUCUAGCCACACUGCCCCACCUUUCUAUCUAUCUAUAUAUAUAUAUAUAUAUAUAUAUAUAUAUAUAUAUAUAUAUAUAGUAAAAUCUUACUUUUAAUUCAGUGUGCUGGCUCUGUCCCUGAUCCUGCCUGCUUAGCUGAUAUCAUCAUCAUCAGAAGUGUUGAUAAAAGCCAAUCACAAUGAUUUCCCCUAGAAAAGCAUUGAAUUGGCUGAGAGUGUCAAGGAGGAAGAUCAGGGGCAGAGCCAUCACAAGCCAAACACAGCCCUGGCCAAUCAGCAUCUCCUCAUAGAGAUGCAUUGAAUCUGAAGGGAAUGAUUCUACUCACCAGAACACAUUCAAUAAGCUGCAGUUGUUCUGGUGACUAUAGUGUCCCUUUAACAUGAAAUGAAAGUGUUCACAUAUGUCACUUUAAGGCUAAUUUCCCAGGAGAAAUAUAUAUAUAUAUAUAUAUAUAUAUAUAUAUAUAUAUACACACGUUGAACUAUUCAUUGUGAUAAUCAAUGAUUUUGAUUUCCCAUGGGGGCUGAAGCAUUGAUCAAUCCAUUUUCCAUUAUUUUGUUUCCAGGACUAUGAACUUAGGUGGCGUGAUUAUACCAUUGGAAGAGAAAUCACGGGAUCCUCAAGUUGUCUGUUACACAGCAACCUAUGACACAGAAGGGGUGACACACACGAAAAGUGGGGAGAGACAACCCCUUCAAGUCAUUAUUCAGGUAUUGAACUUUGAACUCUACUGAAUGAGAUGUCAUAAAUGUGUGACAUGUGGUAAUUCUCUUUAUUUUAUGAUGUCAAUAGGUGUUAAUGCUUAUUGACACAAAAAGGUAUCCAAUUGGUUCUGUAAUUGGAUGUCUGCUUUGACAAACACCAAAUGAGAGAGCAGAAGCUGUAAACUCGGGGGAUUGAGAAGCCUCUGACUCUCAGCUAUGAGCAUGCAUGCGCGCACACUUCUGAGUGCGCAGUGAUGGGGAGAGACAGGGGAGCCACAGGAGCCAGAGAAGGAGUCCAGUGAAAAUGUGCACCAGAGUGUAUGACUGGGGUAAGUAGUGGCAAACUUGUUCUAGCAGAGUGCGCUUGCCACUUCCGUUCAUUUAUUGGAGCUAACAGAAGGAGAGAAAGAUCCUCCCUGGCUGUCUGUGUUACAUAUUUCAUGAAAGUGCCUAUAUGUUAUAGAAAAUGCAAUUUAAGAUGGGAUACUCAUGACACAUAAAGCACUUACAGCUGAAGUGUUUUAUGGGUGUAGAGUAGUCCUUUAACCUCCUCUGCUGGAGGUGUAAGUUCAUCUAGAGUCAAUGGGAUGUCAUCAGCCAGCCCAAACCUAGAGUUCCAGGCUGGCUAAUGUCAAAUGUCCGUGCAUAGAAUGUCAUUCUUUGACUGAGAUUGUUCAGUGUAAUGAAUGGCCCGUUGGAUUGGCACCCGGCUGCUGCAGCUCUGCUGAAACCGGUUGUCGUCACAGCCACGAGAAAAGGAUCCAUGACACCCGGCAGAACCAGGCAAGAGGGCAAAUUAAUGCUAAACAGUUAUUUCCAGUACCGGGCCGACAAGGCCAUCUCACUCCUGGGAUCAUAACAUCUACUGCGGAAUCUUUGAUUAUGAUGCUUGGUUCAACCUGUUAAGUAGAUUUUUUUUAAAUCUCUUUUUAUUGCUCCUCCUGGUUUUUCUGCUAUUGGUUACUUCUUCUUUUUUGAUCUGUAAGCCAAAUGGUGGGAAAAUAUCCAGUAUUAUCAAUAUACUGUGAAACAAAUAUAUAUAAUUUACUGUUAAAUGCAAAGACCUCCAAACAUUAAUGCACCUAUAAACCAAGCACCACUGCAUGAUGAGAACACAAGGGUAAGUUCACAUUAAGGGAGGGCUACCUUCAGCACCUCAGUUAACACAAAUCUACUCCUUGCACCCCCAAUGGAACAGACCCUAUGCACCCAACACACACUAGCCCGUAUCUCCCCUCAACAAACAAAGUCCCUAUCAACACCAAACACAAACUACAGCUCUAAUUUCCCACCCACACUACACACACUACAGCCCCAAUUUCUCUCCAACACACAUACUGUAGCAUCUAUCCCUCCAACCACAUCCUACAGUCUCUACACCCCUAAACACACACACGGUACAGCCCCUAUUUACACGUGCAAGUGCACACACCUAUUAUACCCCAAAUAGCCUCAUCCACAGCCUACCAGCACACCCAUAAACACACAAGCAGCCUUCCUAUACACACAACCCAAAAAACAGCAUUCCCAGAAACAACCAACACUACAGGUAGCCUACCCACACACACAUAACACCACAAGAAACCUACAAACACAAACACACAUGCCUUGUCCCACUCAUCCAACCACCCACCUGGUUGCAUUCACGCAUCCAAGUGAAUAUCCCAAACUUCUGCAAUCCAGUAAGAUGAUGGGUCUGGAGUUAAUACUUCUGUGUUGGACCCGCUGGCACUCUGACCGAGUACCUCCGCCAAUCGAUGCUCCUAGUGCUUGCCGAGGACUCCAAGCACUCCAACCGACACCAUCAGCACUGCAGACUUAUCCCAUCCCCCAAGCAUGAGCCAAGGCUUCAAGAAAGGGUCAAUCAGGUCUGUUUAAUGAGCACACAAAAGCAACAGCACUCAUGCAGCAAAACCACUCCUCCUCAGAGGAAAACAAAAUGACAAUUAAGUUCAGUCAGAGUUUGAAAAUAUGACAGUUAUAAGGUCAGACAGUUUGAAUAUAUGACAGUUAUAAGGUCAGACAGAGUUUGAAUAUAUGACAGUUAUUGGAAGUUGCAGAACUGUGCCAGUACCAUUUUAAAGGGCCUGAACAGUCUUUUAAAACACCAAUAAAUCCAAAUGGUGUUUCUAACUGGCAAAAUCUCCCAGGGACCAUAGUCAUACGGCAAGAGGCUGGUAAUUAGUCCUCUCCAGGCACAAGUGGCGAAGUGCACUUCGUCACAACUUCAUUCGCAGUUGCAAAUUCUGGAAAAAUCAUACAGGACAAUUCAUAGGAUGGAUAGAUCUUGAUAAAAUUAAUUGAAUUUUACAAUCAUCUUAUUUGUGGAAAAAAAAGUGUGGCUUGAUUUUGAUGAACACCAAAACAGCCUUUUAAAAAGUGGAAGCACAGAGAAUUAAAGACGUGCAAAAAUAAUAUAUUUUUUUUUACCUUUGCUUCAUACUUAUUUUUUGCACAUUUUAAUACUUAGACUCUCUAACGCAGCGAUUACUUAAUAGCUGUAAACAGUGUCUGAACUUUGUGAAUGAUAGACAAAACGGGAACAAAGUACAGUUGAACAAAUUAUUACAGGGAAAGUGCAAUAGUUCCAUGAAACCAUAAGUUUUGCAAUAUAACUCGAGUGCUCUAUGAGCAGUCGAAUGAAAGGUAUCUUCAGAUCUGCUGUUUGUAGGGACAAAAGACUAUUAUUAAAGAGGAACCCAAGGCAACAAUAUCACUUCCCUUUCCAUGCAAGACACUGUGUAUGUGUAGUGCUUUUCUAUAAGCACUGGAUUGGCAGAUUACGGCGAUUGCCAUGCAUGCACCGUGUCUCCUGAUUUCAUCUCUAUGAGAAGCAUCUGAUCCAGAUUGAUAACUUCACGGUAUAUUUUUAAUUGAGCAUUGCCUCAAAAUGGACAGCUAACAUAUUACUCAAAUGAUCAAGCACAGUGAGUGGUUCUUAGAAAGGUACAUUUCUCAGUAUGUACCAUUGGGUAAUAAAUAUAAAAGAAACAAAUUGAAACCAAUGUGGCUUAGUAGAGAAAUAAAACAAGAGAUUAAAAAUAAGAAAUGGGCAUUUAAAUCAGAGGCAUCCUUUUUAAGAUGAAAGGAAGCCAAUAAUGCUUGCAAAAGGGCAAUUAAAGUGGCUAAACUAGAAAAUGAGAAAUUGAUAGCCAAAGAAUGCAAAACCAACCCCAAAAAUGUUUUCAAGUACAUCAAUUCUAAAAAAACAAAAAAUGAACACUGGAAACAGAGAUGGAUCUGUUAGUUAAUGAAGACCAGGAAAAGGGAGAACUUUUAAAUAACUAUUUUUCUUCAGUAUAUAUUAAUGAGGAUCCUAUGGCAAAAAAUAUGCAAAUGAUUGCUGCAAAAAACUUGGAGAUAACUUGUGAUUAGAUGACUCGAGACAAGGUGCUACAGCAGUUAAAGAAAAUUAAUGUAAAUAAAGCUGCGGGGCCUGACGAUAUUCACCCACGAGUACUUAAGGAGCUAAGUGGGGUAAUAAGUGAACAUCUAUAUUUAAUCUUUGAAGAUUCUUUUGUUUCAGGUAUUGUACCAGAGGAUUGGAGGAAGGCAGAUGUCGUACCUAUAUUUAAAAAGGGGUCAAAAUCCUUGCCUGGAAAUUAUAGACCUGUGAGCUUAACUUCUGUGACUGGAAAAAUAUUUGAAGGGCUAUUAAGGAUUAAUAUUCAGGAAUUUAUUGGGAAGAACUUUGUUAUUAGCAAUACUCAGCAUGGUUUUAUGAAACAUAGGUCUUGUCAAACUAACCUAAUUGCAUUCUACGAAGAAGUAUAGAUCAGGGUGUUGCAGUGGAUGUGAUCUACUUGGAUUUUACCAAGGCAUUUGAUACGGUUCCUCACAAUAGGUUAGUUUUCAAACUAAAAUAAAUUGGUCUAGAUGAAUAUUCGUGUUCUUGGUUAGAACAUCGGCUUAAGGAUAGAGUACAACAAGUUGUCAUUAUUGGUAAAUUUUCAAGCUGGACAAAAGUGGUAAGUGGUGUCCCUCAGGGUUCUGUUUUGGGACCGCUUCUAUUUAACAUAUUUAAAAAUGAUCUUGCAAUAGGCAUUGAAAGCCAUGUUUUAGUGUUUGCAGAUGACACUUACUUUGUAAAGUAAUAAAAUGUGAGCAAGAUAUUGCUUUGCUGCAGAGGGAUUUCGAUAGAUUGGGGGACUGGGCACUAAAAUGGCACAUGAAAUGCAACGUUAUGCACUUUGUGGUCAAGAAUUCACAAGCAACUUACACCCUAAAUGGUGGUGAAUUAGGGAUAACACACGAGAAGGAUUUGGGAAUUGUUAUAGACAACAAAUUAGGCAGCAAUAUGCAAUGUCUAUCUGCAGUUGCCAAGGCCAGUAAGGUUUUGUCAUGUAUAAAUAGGGGCAUUAAUUCUUGGGAUGAAAAUAUAAUUAUGCCUCUUUAUUAAUCACUGGUAAGACCACACCUUGAAAAUGCUGUGCAAUUUUGGGCACCUGUUCUAAAGAAGGAUAUCAUGGCACUAGAAAAAGUGCAGAGACAAGCUACAAAAUUGAUAAAAGGAAUGGAGCACUUUAGUUAUGAGGAAAGGUUAAAAAAUUUAAAUCUCUUUCGUUUGGAAAAACAGCUCCUCAGAGGGGAUAUGAUAAUAUUAUACAACUAUAUUCGAGGCCAGUACAGACCAUUGUCUGGAAAUCUAUUCAUAAAGAGGGCUAUACAUAGGACACGAGGUCACGCAUUUAGCUGGAAGAAAGGAGAUUUAAUCUAAGGCAAAGGAAAUGUGUUUUUACAGUAAGAGCAAUAAGGAUAUGGAAUUCUCUGCCUUAAGAGGUGGUUUCAUCAGAGUCCAUACAGAUGUUUAAAAAGCAAUUGGAUAAAUACUUCCAAAAACACAACAUACAGGGAUAUCAUUUCUAGUUAGUUGGGUAAUAGCUGCUUGAUCCAAGACGUAGUCUUAAAUUAGAGGGACAAAGGUUUAAAAAUAAUAUCAGGAAGUAUUACUUUACUGCGAGGGUAGUGGAUGCAUGGAAUAGCCUUCCAGCUGAAGUGGUAGAGGUUAACACAGUAAAGGAGUUUAAGCAUGCGUGGGAUAGGCAUAAGGCUAUCCUAACUAUAAGAUAAGGCUAGAGACUAGUGAAAGUAUUUAGAAAAUUGGGCAGACUAGAUGGGCCGAAUGGUUCUUAUCUGCCGUCACAUUCUAUGUUUCUAUGAUAUCUGACUUCUAUUUUGGGGUCAAGAAGGAAUUUUUUCCUAGUUUGUUGCAAAAUUGGAAGCACUUCAGACUGUACCUGUACCUGUAUUAUGGUUAAACAGCUCCACUUUGGUCUCGUCUGUCCAAAGGUCAUUGCUCCACACGUCCUGUGGUUUGUUCAGAUGCAACUUUGCAAACCUAUGCCAUGCUGCCAUGUUCUUUUUAGAGAGAAGAGGCUUUCUUCUGGCAACCCUACCAAGCAAACCUUACUUGUUCAGUCUUUUUCUAAUUGUACUGUAAUGAACUUCAGAUUAAUGUAGAUUUUCUGGUGAGUAUAGUCAGCCUAAGGACACCUACACUGGUCACUCCUCAGAUGGCUAGCAGAGGUGUUCCUUAGGGCAGUGCUGUAUUCAGUAUCUCCACCCUCUGCAUGGAAACACUGAAUUUUCCUCAUAGUGAUGCAUCUCUAUGAUGAGAAUCUGAUUGGCCAGGGCAGCGUUUAACUGUGCCCCCGACCCACCUCCUUGGCUCACAUAAUCAGAAUAGACAAUCUUGACCAAUCUAAUGCUUUCCUAUGGAAAAGCAUUGUGAUUGGCUGAAUAGAUCACUUCUGAUGCUGUCUGCCAAAGAGGCAGAUCAGGGGCAAAGCCAGCACCAGCAGACUGGAAUAAAUGUAAACUAUUACUAUAUAAGGGGGCAAGUUUUUAACACUCUAUGGUAAGGAAUUCAUGUUUGUGUUCCUGAUCCUAUAAUGUUCCUUUAACAUGCUAACUGAGGCCUGUAGAGUCUGAGAUGUAACUCUUGUUGUUUUUUUUGUUUUUUUGCAAUUUCUCUAAACAUGGCACAGUCUGACCUUGGGUAAAUUUCUCCUGGGAAGAUUGGCAACUGUCUUGAAUGGUUUUUUUUUUUUCAAUUUUCAAUAAUCUUUCUCACUGUAGAAAGAUGGAUUUUAAAUUGUUUGGAAAAGGCCUUAUAACCUUUCCCAGUUUGGACAACAACAAUUGCUUCACUAAGAUCAUUGCUGACGUCUUUCCUCCUUGGCAUUGAGUUAAAGCCCGCCUGAAUGCUCCAGACCAGGGGUUCCCAACCCAGUCCUCAAGUACCCCCUACCAGUCCAGGAUAAAAGGAUUACCCUGUUGUGUCUAAAGUGUUGUUGUUGUUGUUGUUGUUGUGGUAUUUUUUUUUUUAUUAAAACACCUUAGACACAACUGGGUAUCCCAAAAUCCUGGACUGGUAGGUGGUACUUAAGGACUGGGUUGGGAACUGCUGCUACAGACUAACAAACUGCUAAAACGUUGCUUUUUAUAGAGAUGGUCACACUUACUGAUGAUCAAUUAAUCAAGGAUAUUUGAUUAGCAGCACCUGUCUGCUACCUUGGCUCUCCAUUCCUAAGAAUGCAAUGAGGGUCCUUGAAGAGCCACCUUACCGGUGUUGGGGCUCUGCACUAUCCUCCAUUAAUCACUUCUAUAAUUUUUUUGUUUGUAAUUAGAUUUAGGACAUUAUGUCCUUUUGAAAGAUGUAUAGACAGGGCAUAUGUAUGAUGAUUAUAUUCCUCAAUUAGUGGUAACCUUAGACUAGCAGCUUCAUAUACAGAACAUAUACAAUUUACAAGACAAUAUAUAAAAAAAUCACUAUUUGGGAGAAUAGUCAUGCAUUUCGAGAUUUGAUCUCUUUAUCUGGAAUUGGAGAUUUCUUAGUUCCUUGUUUCUUAGAGCCUAUAACAAAACCACAGAGAUUUUGACAGCUCCUUUCAAGGGAAACUGAUACUAUUGCAAUCUAUAUCAUAGUUUCGACUAAAUUGUUAUAUUUACUCCAUUGAUACUCAAUGUCUUUCAGGAUUGUCAGUUUCAACUUCACUGGCAUCUUAAAAGUAACAACAUAAACUUCAUACAUUUGGGCUUAUCCUGUAAUUCCAGAUUCAAUGAAUAGACUAUCUAUUCAUCUCUAUUCCAGAUCCAACAAAUAGACCAUUUAUUUAUUGAUUUUACAUAGAUUUCUCAUCCUAUAUUGAAUAAUUAUAUAUCCGUCUUUUUUCCUUUAACAUUUUUUUUUCUUUAUUGCUAUAUUCGUUUUUUCUUCUUCUUUUUGUUUUGUUUGGUCUAUACUAUUGAUAGCUUUAAAUUAAUUAAUAUUUUUUUAAGUUUAUCUGUUGAUUCUCAACAGAAAUAUUUUAAAACUAAUAUAUUAAAUGUUAUGUAUUAAUUAAAUUGUCACUAGCAGGCAACUACUCCUUAAUUCAAUUACGCUCUACUUAGGAUCUCCGCCCACCCCCACCUUUUUUUAUUGAAUAAUAUAUGCAAGAUAUUUUGGCUACAUAGAAAUAAUAGAAUAACAUAUGCAGGAUAUUUUGGCUACAUAGUAAAAUAUUACAAAUAUGUGUACACAUGGCAACCUUAUUUGUUUAAAGAUACAUUUGUAUACAUAAACCUAUACAUAUAUGUUAUAUUUUUACAAUAGAAAUUUUUCAGCAUAUAACCGUGUACUGGUUUAAAUAUAUAAGCAAACACUGCUUUAAAUACUCAGGGUAAUUUCCUGGAAACUUUGGAAUGUUGGAACAGAAUAUCUUGUAAUUUGGAAGCUUCCCAAACAGAUUGACACGGCACCAUUCUCUGAAUCUCUAAACCACAUAGUACUAAAAAAAUAAAAUAAAAUAAUUUGAUAGCGAUCAAUGUGAGCUGCAUAACUAAAAACUUUUUAAUGAUUUUUAGAAUUUUUAAAUUACUAUUUGAUUAGACUAGUAAAAGGCAUCUUUCAUUUAGAAUCAACAAUAGAUCUGAUUGUGCUACAUGGCUCGUCAAAUCCUUCAAGUAAAAACACUCCUAUUGUUUAACGUGUAUGGUAAACAGGUCUCUAAAGUGAUUUCAAAUGUGCCUUUCCGUAUUUCCCAAAUACAAUCAAAAUCGAUCUCCUGCCAAGAAGUUGGCAUAGUUAAUUAUACAAACAUAUUAUCAAUAUAUAAUUAGUAUGUAUCAUUUGUUACUGUCUUGAAACCUAGAACAUUUUAAAGACUGUAAAUAUAUCGCAUUUCCAUAGCACAAACAUGCAUGUUACACAAGAGAAUAACAGAUGGGGUUAAAAAUCCAGUAAAGGAAUUUAUUAAGUCAAUUUUAAAAUUUAACCUUAAAUACUUUGUAAUUUUUUUUUUUAAGAGAGAAAAAUUGGACACAAGCAAGAAUAUACAUGAGGAAUCAAAAAACAAACUGUAUCUCAAUUUUCUGAAUAAGGCAUGCACCAAAACAAAAGAUAAACAUGAAGAAAAAAAGUAAAGUGGGGGAAAAAGGAAAGGGGAGGAGAUAGAAGGCGAAUCGAGUAGGAGACCUAGAGGAUAGGCACAAAAUUGUAAAUCCAUUAAUUGAUUUGCAGAUCAUUUGCAAUAGAAUUAAUUUACCAAGGUUACCAUACUUUUUUGGAAUGGGGGAGUAGUGUUCCAAACUAUUACUGUCAAUCAGGUAAUUAUCUUCUAUUUUAGCACUGAUCUCUUGUAAAGAGGGAGUGUUGUCCCUGAGCCAGGAUUCUUCUAAAGCUCUUUGGGCAGAGAUCAUUAAAGGAACAAUAUAGAGUCAGGAGCACAAACCUGUAUUCCUGAACCUAUAGUGUUAAAAGCACUAUCUAGUCCCCCUUGCACCCCACAUUCCUUGCACAGUGGGCAACACUGCCCCAGGAAGCACCUCUAGUAGCCAUAUGAGGAGUGGCCAGUGGAAGUAGCCCUAAGCCGUAAUGUAAACACUGCCUUUUCUAUGAAAAAACAGGGUUUACUGCAAAAAGCCUGAAGGGGAUGCUUAUACUCACCAGAACAGAUACAAAAGGCUGCAGUUGUUCUGGUGACUAUAGUGUCGCUUUAAUUUAUUAAAAAGUUAUUUAAAAGUUGUUGUUUUUUUAUGAGUGUGGACCGUCCUCUUUCACCGACCCUCUUGAGGGAAUGAAAAAGGUAUGCCCAGGGAUCCAUAUUAAUUGGCCUCUGAAAGACAGCUGCCAAAGGACUUCCCACUUCCUUCCAAUUGGGAUUUACCUUGGGACACUUCCACCAUAUGAUAUUUGUACCUCAAUAGCCACAAGACUCCAUCAGGAGUUUGUGGGGACCCUGCCCAUUAUAUAAAGCUGCACAGGAGUUGUUUACGAGCAAAAAAUACUGAACUGAAACGUGUUACAGAAUAAAUUGUUUUUUUUUAUUACCACCCUCCCCUCCAGAAAAAGAAUCUUAAUUUUUCUAAACUACUGCAAAUACAUUUUAUCCCUGACAUAAAAACUGAUGGGACACUGACCCAAGUAGACAAGCCUUCACUCUUUGUACAUCUGCUCGUAUGAUGCCACACAGAUGGAGACCAUGGUGGCCACCUCUCUCCCCCCACAAGGCCGCACUCUAGUACCUCCACAAGAUCCCUCUCCCAUCGUUGAAUUUAUUACUGAUAACUUACAUACUGGGAUUUUUGGCAAGCUGUACAGUUAAGCGUGUGUGUCUGCUACAUGAGACCACCAAUAUCAUCUGCAAUUUCCUCUCCAUGAGUAAACUGCAAUAAGUGAUUUGUAAAGAGUCUGUCACUUGGGUGUAUUCACAGAUUGCACAAUGUAGGCAAAACUAUUCCGUUUGUUUUUCAAUUCGUUACAAUUCAGAUUUUAUUGGGUAAAUUCCUGACAGUGAAUUGUGGUGACUUGAAAACUGUAUUGGGAGAUCUAUGCCAUACUAGCUGAGCUUAACAAUUCUACAAACUCAUCACAACUUGCCUAUUUUUGCCUAAAAUUUGCUAACUGAUUUUCUGGAAUCUGUUCACUAAAUAGUUAGUUGGGAUGAGUUGACAGAUAACUUGUACUAUUUAUGCCAAAAUAGCUAACUUGGACAUUUUCCUUUCAAAUUAGCAGCUGUGGGAUUCUAUUCACAAUUUACAAAUUACAAUGUGUCACAAUUCAGUGUUUUGUGCAUUCCCCCAAUGAGAAUAAGGUUUUGAUUUUCUAACUACAGGACCCUCAUGAGAAGCUGUCUCAAACUUCAUUUUCUGUUUACAUUACAUGAACUUGCUAUUUCUUGAACACACACACACACACAAACGUACUAGACAAGUUUUCAAAAAUAAAAUAAAAAUUGAAGCGGUGUUAAAGUACAGCACUUUUUUUUUUUUUCUUCUUUAAAGUGUGCCAACACGAACAUUUGUCUAAGUUGUAAUGAACUGGAACGCUUUCAUGCAUGUGAAGAUGUUCAUAAAGUUUAUCAAGACAACUAUUUUGUAGAUGUACAUACUUUUAAGAACUAUUCUGUGUGUACAAAUGUGUAUUUCUGAUCCUUGCCCUCCUUUUAAUGAGAUACAACUCACCUGCUCAUCCUCCUUGGCUGAGAUCAUUAGAAAUGAUGAUCUCAGCCAAUCCAAUGCUUUCCCAUAGGAAUGCAUUUAGAAAUGGUUGGAUUUGCUGAGAUCGUCAAUUCCGAUGAUCUCAGCCAAGGUGGUUGGGUGGGAGCAGAGCUACACCAAUCAGGGGGUGGGAACUGGCCAAGCAGCAACUCCUCAUAGAAAUGCAUUGAAUUAUUGCAUCUCUAUGGAGAAAGAUCAGCGUCUGAGUGAAUGCCACUGGAGGUGUCCCUUGGCAGCAAUGUAAACACUGCCUUUUCUAUGAAAAGUCAUGGUUUACAGCAAAAAGACUGCAGGGACUGACCAUACUUCCUAUAACAACUACAUUAAGCUGUAGUUGUUCUGUUGACUAUAGUGUCCCUUUAAGGGAUGAAUGACCCAUUUACAGGGUUCUUUACUAAAGUGAAAAUUUGGGGGAAUUCAAAUGAAUUUUAAAUUUUAAGGGCAAAAUAGCCAAAGUGGAAAAAUUCUCCAAGCCCGCUAUGGCUCCAGUUAGGUUACUUUGGCUUUAAUUUUGAAAUUCAAUUUGAAUUCCCCACAAUUCUCAGUUUAGUAAAUAACCCUUUAAUUGUUAAAUGUUUUCGCUGUAUAUUACUUAGAAGAUAUAUUCAGCAUUUUAUAAUAGAAUCACUGUUAUGUUAAUAACCUCCUAUAUUAGCCCACAAUGAUAUUUGCUAUACUAGUAAUCCACAGUCUUUAAUAAAAAAUAAAAUAAAAAAUAAAUAGUUCCUCCAGGUUUGGAAACCAGAGACUUAGUCCAUAAUUAUGCUCCAUCUGAACAGCAGCUGUAGAAUUCUUGCUUUAAUUUACAGAUCAAGCCAAGUACUUGGCAAACCAAUCUCAAAACGUGUGUGUGUAUCCCAUGUGGGGCUGAAAAGCAAGACCCAAAAACGUAUAUCAAAGCUGCAGCUGAAUGUUUACUAAUCAACUCCUUCAUCACUGGGGCGUUAUUUUAUUUUUUUUUAUUUUUUUUUUUUCUCUUUGUUGCAAAAUCUUCUUUGAGAUUACCAAACCUUUUUCAGAGCCCUGGGUUUUGGAAAUAGUCUUUCUUUGCUCUAUUUUUUUCUUCUUUAAGAUCACCACUCUGGAGGACUGGUCCUUAAAGCCACACAUCUUCAGUGAAUGAAUGGCAAGGAAGUUGAUUAGCCAGGGUUAAUGAGGCUAGCGGUAGGAUGCUCACAAGCCCAUAUUUUGCAUUUUCUUAUCUCUAGUUUAUAGGAAUGGGAAAAGAAUGUCCCUCUCCCUCUCCCUCCCGACACACGCACUUUGUUUACCUCUGACAUUUAUGUUCUUAGAUUUAUUAUUAAAACUAUAUUUCUCUAAGUUUAUCAAAUUCUACAUUUUUUUUUUCAAUGCAUUGACAUCCACCCUUUCUUUUAAUGGGGUAGGCUAACACUAGCCUAACUUGCCUCUAGAACUCUCAGCUAGUCACCAUCAGUCAUGCUGGUUGAAACUGACAUUAAAAAUUUAAAAAAUGUUAUUUCCAACGACACACUGAAGAAGAGUUCUUGAGGCAAGGUCACUGUACCCUAGUGCCCCCAUCAAAGUAACCAAACAGCUUCAGACUGGUUUGACUUUGUAACUGGGGUCUCCUGGGCGCCGUGCCCUGGAGCCCCAACCUCUCUACCUCUCUACCUCAACCUCUCUAUGUGAGCUAAGCCAGGCUACGCAGGGCUUUCGGCUCUCUGUCAGCUGUAGUGGAGAUGGAGAGGAGCGAAUCUCAGGUUAUGGUGUUUGUAAUGUUCCUUCAAGUAGCUGUAUGGUGUCUAUUCCAUUUACUGUUUUUUAUCUUUUUUUUUUCUUUAUCUUUAAAUUGGAAUUGUGAUCACAUGAUAUUUUCUGAUCCUUGCGCACAAAAUAUUAAGUAUCCUGUUUAAGCACAUGAUCAGGCUCUGCAUUGUGCCACAAAGUUUAGAUGACUCAUAAUACAGGAAACAUUUAAAUAUAUGUUCUCAAAAUAGAAGAUGAAUACAGUUAUUAUAGUUAUAUUUGAACCUAUACGGAGAUAAAUAGGUAACUACUAGGUCUGCUCGAAAUUCUUUAACUUUGCAUAUACCAUGGAAUUAAAGAAGACAUUAUCUUUAAAUAUAUACUUAUGAGGAAAACCAAUGUAACUUAAAUAGAACGGUACAGCGCUAGAGUGCUUGAAGAAUACAUCUUCUACUUUUUGAAAUAAUUGAUUUUUUUCAAGGGUAUAUUCUGAGAAAACCAUUCUGGGUAAAUAAAUGAUAGUAGUUCAGAGGCAGAAAAUCUUACAAAAAUUACCAAUAUGUCACUCUGUAGAUUGAGCAAGACCAUCUCUGAAUCUCUGCAAAUUAAAGCGGCACUGUCAUGGCCGAAUCCAGUUUUUUUCUUUUUAAACCCCCCUCCCUACUCCACUACAUCUAAUUGUCCCCCUAGCCAUUUCCCAAAUGCCCCUAAGCGCCCCAUGUUACCUAUUUUUUUCAUCUUUAUUUCAUGCCCGGACCUAGGUCCUGGGCGCCACCAUCUUUGUGUGGGUAGAUGAAGUCCCUGUGGGACACGUCAUCUGCCCACACUAGAUAGCGCUGUGAAAUUUCACGAAUGCCCAGUUAAACACUUGGGCAUGCGAACGGGAAUUUUAUCUAUUCAUUAAUUCAUCAGAAAGAUGAAUAAAUUAAUCGAAAUUUCUAACUAAUGAACGAAGACCUCUACGUUCGUUCGUUUGAUUUAUUACAAGGAUGGAGUUACUGGCGCACAGCUCCCUCGUUGCAAUAUGUAAAAAUAGGAGCGGCAGGGAGCAGUGCUCCCCUUCACUUUAAGCCCCCCAUGUCCUCCCUCACUCUAUGGGGGUCAAUAUGAACCCCAUAAUAAAAACAAAGAGAACGUUACCUGCGCUCUGGCCUAAAUAUAAAACACCCCUUCAUGUCUCAUUAGAGAUGUUUACACUUUGUCUGAUACCAGCAAAGUUUAUUGUAUGUGUAGAAGUCCUAUAAAAGGUUAAAUGUGAAAGGGUUUAUAAAAUACCCCUUCCUGUCUCACUGGAGGUGAGCUUAUAUAUUCAAAUGGCCAUUGGAAUAAAACUAAAGAGCCUCCAUUUUGUUUAAAUGUACAUGGGGAUUUAGGCCAGAGCGCAGGUAACAUUCUCUUUGUUUUUACUAUGUAUUUUAAGCUGUUGGAUACUAAGCUACAGCUGCUGUAAGCGCGGUGCUUUAUCUUUGUGUUUAUGUAUGAACCCCAUAAUAGCAUAAGGGAGAUUUUAAAUCUCCUAAAUGCCCCUACUCGCUAUGCCUCAAGUAGGGGCCUGUUGCUGCUCACUGUUAAAAAAAAAAAAAAAAAAAGCCCCCUAGUGUCCCCCUUUCCGAGCCCCCACCCGUGCCACGCGAGUGAGGGCUAUUAAACUUAAGGGGGACCUAGCGUCCUCCCGGCCCCAGCAAUGAGCGGUGGGUGGGGUCCCUAAAUGAAAAUGGGAGGGGACCUAUUGCCCUCCACCCACCCGGCCCCCUACCAUGAGUAGCGGGUGGGGACCCUAAAUGAAAAUGGGGGGGGCCUAUUAGGGGGGAGACAAUAAGUUGCAAAUUGAAAGCAACCAAUCACAGUGUUAUGAGUCAAAUUACACAGCAUGGGAAAAUUCCAAAUAAUUUUCCCACGCUGUGUAAAAUGACACAGAGCACUCUGGUUGGAUAUCAAGCCAACCAAUCAGAGUGCUGUGACAGGUAAAUGUAGAGACUUACCGGUCAGUCUCUUCAUUUACCUGUGUGAUAGAAUUUAUCUUGAUUCCAAGGCUCAAGCUUAUAGGUGUCAUAUAAUGAUAUCUUAUAUUAAAAUUGGCUAACUUGGACUCAGGAAAUGCUUGAUGCUUAAACAACACUUAAAACCAUAUAUGUCUAGUUCCGGGAGCAGAGAGCCCCCACCUAAGAUGUCUCUUCGCUAAUCUUUUUGUUCUUGCUUACCUUGGAACUUAUUUGUUAUGUGUACAUGACGUUCAUACCUUAUCUGUACUCCCUUCCUAUUACUGUUCUAUGAGUAUUUGCUCGUAAGCACUUACUUUUUGAUGUAUAAAACCCAGCUGAUGAAUAAAACGUCAGAGGCUUAUUUUGAAUACCAACAGGUGUCUGGUGUCUAAUUCUCGCUUCUCCAAGUGCACUUGUAAUAAUAAUUUGGGCUUCCUCUGAAUAUAACAAAGAUCAUUAUUUGGAUUCACAACAAUUGUCAGAGCACUCUGAUUGGUUGAUUUCAAGCCAACCAAUCAGAGUGCUCUAAGUCAAAUUGCAGGGUGUGGGAAGGCUUUAUACAUUUAGGGCCCCCACCAGCCACUCACGGGUGGAUCCAGGGGGGAGGACAAUAGGUCCCCCCUCCUGCAUUUUUAUUUAGGGCCCACACCCGCUGCUCAGGUGGGGACCAGGGAGGGAGGACAAUUGUUUCCUCCCCCCAUCCCCUCAUUUUCAUUUAUGGCCUCCACCCGCCGCUCAUGGAUGGGGUCCGGGGUGGGGGGACAAAAGGUCCCUACUUUGUCUUAUGUUUUUUAAAGAAAACUAGAGCAGACUUGAAGAAAUGAAGAACAGGUCCUGACAGUGGGAGAGAAGAGGAAUUUGAUUGGGGAAAGGUAAGUUCGGCAUGACAGUGAAGCUAUAAAGUCUUUCUGAAUUUAGUUGGAAUAUCUUAUUUUUUUCCCGAAAGAAUGAAUUCCAAAACAAAUCCUAAACCAUCCACCGGAUAUACAAUUAAAUAAUGCACUCAGAGUUUAAAAAGUGAAUAAAAAAACAAAUUGAACUUUAACCGCCCCCUCCACCUCUCCCUCCCCAAAGCUCCAUAUUAAAACUGAGGGAUAUGGCAAUAUGACCUCCCCACCAAUACCUUUCCACAAUGGGCUGCAGUUCAAGGGUUAACCAGAUUGGAAUGAGCAGGGAUGUUUUUUCAGUUGCUGCAUAAACAGAAAAUGAGUAAAUUUACAAACAAAAAAAGCAGAUUUUCUCGUAAAUGUGUGUACUAUCAACAACAUGUUUCCAAAAGCAAAAUGCAGUGUGUUCGUAUUUGAGAGUCUGCUUUAUCAAAUAAAAUUAACAAGUUCCCAAAACUACAUUUAUUUCCUUUUGUCUAGUUUGCCUUAUUUCCUUUUUUGUGUUUUUGUUUUGUUUUUAACUGAAUCAGUAAAAUUAUACUGGCUAACAUUUAAUAAAAGUUAGCUGCAUGACACGCUUUAGUUUGCUGUUUUUGUUUAAUAGAUAGUCCGGUUUGUUGUACUGUUCUGCAGGCGUCUGUCAAGUCCUACAUAAUAAACUUGUCAACUUCUCAGGUGCACGUCCCCUUUCCUUCCUUAAGUACCUAGGAAAAUGAAUUUACUUUUUGCAUAUUGCUUCUUUUUUUGUCCCUGUGUAUAUGUAUGGUGUAUAUAACCGAACAUAUAAAUACAGGUGUUACUCGAAAAAUUAGAAUAUUGUGCAAAAGUUCAUUUAUUUCAGUAAUGCAACAUAAAAGGGGAAACUAAUAUGACAUAGACGCAUUACAUGCAAAGCAAGAUAUUUCAAGCCGUGAUUUGUCAUAAGUGUGAUGAUUAUGGCUUACAGGUCAUGAAAAUCCCAAAUCCACAAUCUCAGUAAAUUAGAUUAUUACAUGCAAUCAAUAAAACAAGGAGUGUACAUAGAACAAUAUGACCUCUGAAAAGUAUAAGCAAGCAUAUGGACUCCGUACUUGGUUUGGGUCCCUUUUGCAGCAAUUACUGCCUCAAUGCGGCAUGGCAUGGAAGCUAUCAGCCUGUGGCACUACUGAGGUGUUAUGGAAGACCAGGAUGCUUCAAUAGCGGCCUUCAGCUCUUCUGCAUUGUUCGGUCUCAUGUCUCUCAUCUUUCUCUUGGCAAUGCCCCAUAGAUUCUCUAUGGGGUUCAGGUCAGGCAAGUUUGUUGGCCAAUCAAGCACAGUAAUCCCACGGUCACUGAACCAGGCUUUGGUGCUUUUGGCAGUGUGGGCAGGUGCCAAGUCCUGUUGGAAAAUGAAGUCCGCAUCCCCAUAAAGCUCGUCUGUGGAAGAAAGCAUGAAGUGCUCCAAAAUCUCCUGGUAGACGGCUGCAUUGUCCCUGGACUUAAUGAAGCACAGUGGACCAACACCAGCAGAUGACAUGGCUUCCCAAAUCAACACAGACUGUGGAAACUUCACACUGGACUUCAAGCAUCUUGCAGUGUGUGCCUCUCCAUUCUUCCUCCAGACUCUGGGUCCCUGGUUUCCAAAUGAGAUGCAAAAGUUGCUCUCAUCAGAAAAGAGGACUUUGGACCACUGAGCAACAGACCAGGUCUGUUUUCCUUUAGCCCAGGUAAGACACUUCUGACGUUGUUUGUUGUUCAGGAGCGGCUUGACAAGAGGAAUUCAAUAUCUGACCCAUGUCCAGGAUCCGUCUGUGUGUGGUGGCUCUUGAUGCACUGACUCCAGCCUCAGUCCACUCCUUGUGACAGUCCGCAACACUUUUGAAUGUCCUUUUCCUGACAAUCCUCUCCAGGCUGCGGUAAUCCCUGCUAAUUGUGCACUUUUUUCUUCCACACUUUUCCCUUCCACAUAACUAUUAAUGUGCUUUGAUACAGCACUUUGGGAACAUCCAACUUCCUUCGCAAUUACCUUUUGAGCCUUUCCCUCCUUAUCGAAGGUGUCAGUGAUGGUUUUCUGCACAACUGUCAGGUCAGCAGUCAUCCCCAUGAUUGUGAUUCCUACUGAACCAGAGAGACCAUUUAAAGGCUCAGAAACCCUUUGCAUGUGUUAUGGCUUACUUAGCUGAUUAGAGUGGGACAUUGUGAGCCUAGAAUAUUGCACUUUUUCACAAUAUUCUAAUUUACUGAGAUUGUGGGUUUGGGGUUUUCAUGGGCUGUAAGCCAUAAUCAACGCACUUAUGACAAAUCAUGGCUUUUAUAUAUUAGUUUCCCCUUUUAUGUUGCAUUACUGAAAUAAAUGAACUUUUGCACGAUAUUCUAAGAAACACUGAAAGAGCGCUGGGAGAGGUAGGAGGCGCACCAGGAGAGAGCAAUAUCUUGUAGACCGAUAUUGCGGAGGAUGAGAAGAAGCUGUUGAUGAUCAUCAUGGUGUGAUAUGAAUCACACCAUGCAUUCUGUUCCACAGAAUAGAGCUCUCUGUGUCUCUCGUCACAAUGUAGUGGAUAGACCACAUGUAGUGAUGGUGCUUAAUUGUUAAAUACCAAAAUAUGAGCAAUUAAAAACCAGGUACACAAGAUUACAAACAGCAUACAUAGAAAGUUCCAGUUAAUCACUCCUAUCUCAGUGGAGGCCUAGGCUACCUGUUAAUGAGCCAACUACUGGCUACACCAUGGUCCACAAGCUUGGGAGGCCCAUCCAAGUGGCCACCAGGGCCCUCUUUAGCAAGGGGCAAACAGGGCAGCUGCCCUGGGCUUAAUAACUCCAGGGGGGCACAAAGCAGCUGCCCUGUGGGCCCCCUGUUUGCAAUCAGGACUGGACAGCCUACUGGGAUACUGAGAAAUUUCCCAGUGGGCUCCAGCAGGUGAAGUAAUCAGGGCCCCUCUGGCCAUUUAAGAGGGCUGCUGACCUGGCACCUGUCUUCCUGACUGCUGGGAGGAAGUAACAGUGCCACUGGGGAGGAGGAGAUACACAUGGAAUUGGAGGAGAAGGAGGAUGCAUACACAGGAGAAGGAGGGGGACUGAGGUAGCCAAGUUCCUCAGACUCCCAUCAACCUCAGCCAUCCAGCUCCCACUGGACCCCAGGGAAGCCACCCUUCUGUAAACGUAAGGAGACAGGAGGGUGGCUAAACUAUUUAAAUUGAUAUGUGUGGGUAUCUGACUGUGUGUGUGGGGGUAUCUGACUGUAUAUGUGUGUGUAUCUUACUGUAUAUAUGUGUGUGUAUCUGACUGUAUGUGUGUGUAUCUUGGUAUGUGUAUCUGACUGUGUGUGUAUGUGUGUGUAUUUGACUGUAUAUGUGUGUAUCAGGCAGAGCUGGCUUUUACAGCCUGCUGAUUAGGAGCAGCUGACCCUAAUUGGAAAAGGGCUGCAGGUGGAUUAGCACUGCUCAAUCCCGGCAAGGGGUCAGGAAGCAGAAUAAUGCAGACCGUUACUGAAGCCCCCUGGUGGACAGCCUGGUCAUACAGUCAGAUACACACAUAGCACACUUUAUGUGUACAUGUCCAUACAUUCUAGCAUUCAAACACCAACACUUCAUACAAACACUCUCUUGUAUUCAAACACCACCAUUAUAUACAAAACACAUCCCUGCAUUCUAACACCAUCACUACACACAAGUGCACAUCUGCAUUCAAAUGCCUACACUACACACAAAUGUAUACCUGCAUUUGAACACCAACACUACAUGCAAAUACACUUCUUCAUCCACACACACUCCAUACUAAAACAUGUUUACAUUCCUAGAUGGAGGUCCAACAAAACAUUUCUUGCACCGGGGCCCUCUCUACAUUAGUUCCACCACUAGGGGGCCAAUAAUCUCAUAGCAGUGUGGCAAUCUGUCAUAAUGAUGUCUGCCUCGUAUAAAUAGAGAAACACAGGGUAAUCUACAAAGCACUCGUGAUUUAAAAGCUGCAUAGGAAUAAAUGAUGAUAUCGCAUCUGUCUCUUACAAAAGGUGAAUACCUUCUCCAUUUAACCAAGUGAAUAGAGCUUCCCUGCUCAUUCUAAAUAAAUGAGACUAGACACACAGAAUGAAAACCUACCAUAAUACAAUAUUAGUAUACAUGUAAUUAAUAAUAAGUGUAAUAAGGAUUUUAAACAAACAUUUCAUUGCUGAAGAGAUGACACUUACUGGGUUCAGCCUCCUAACACUGUGGUUUAAUGCCCUGAUUUUAGAUUGUGACUAAUGUACUAAUUCCUUUUUUAUAAUUUAUUUUUGCACAGUUUGAUGACAUUGGGAAUUUUGAAACUGUAUGGCAAGUCAAGUUCUACAAUUAUCACAAAAGAGACCACUGCCAAUGGGGGAACAGCUUCAGCAGUAUCGAAUACGAGUGUAAACCCAAUGAGACACGCAGUCUGAUGUGGAUCAACAAAGAGAUGUUCCAUUAAUGGUUAUUUAAUGUCACCAGAAACGGACAGUCUUAUGGGAAGAUCAACUUGAACCAGCACUAAUAGCCAACUGGAAAUGGCCACUGAACACAGGAUAUAUUGCAUAUCAUGAGCUACGAACCACUUUUUCCUGACUUUGAUGACUAAUUUGAUGUUUCUUUAGAUAAUCUAUAUGAGUGCAAAUACAUGUUUCUAUUAAUUGUGUAUUUUCCAGAUUGUUUUGCUUAUUGUAUUAUUUUAUAAAUACUGUUCUGUUAUUUAUGUAAUUGCUCACUGUUUGGAAAUCCUAUUUUCAUAAGUAGUAUUCAAAUGUUUGUUUCAACAAAGGGGGAAAAAAAAGGCUUAAUGUGAAGAUAACUGCUAUUUUUUAUGUGAUACUUUUUUUUUUUUAUCAUUAUUUAUAAGUUGGUAUCUAUUUAUUAACCCUGUCAACCUUUUUAACCAGUGUUGUUUUCUGAUGCAAUCAGCUGCUCUCCUGGACGCCUCCACAAAGUUUAUUGGCUAAACAGUAGAUAAGAAUUGCAAUUCCCUUUUUUUUUAACAUUCAUUUUACACCUCAGUUGCUAACUCACCACAACUGAUUAUUCGGCGCUUAAACCUCUAAUGAAAUCCUUAAAUUAUUUUGGCUUUUGGGAUUGCACCAAAGGUAAUAAUUUAAGGAUUUAUUCACUAAACAUUAAAAUACAGCAAAUUGAAAACCAAAAUGCACAUUUUAUGCUAACAUUUAUUAAAACAACUCCCGCCAUUUGAUCAUCUUGAAUAUUUCGAUCUAAAUUUUGCAAUUUAUUUAUUAGUUUGCUUCAGAU